AUGAAGUUUAUUCCAACUCAAUACCAGAAAAAGUUGGAAAAUUCAGCUGUUCGAGCAGAUCGUAUGAGAGGAGGCAGGAACAAAUUCGGACCAAUGUACAAACGGGAUAGGGCGCGCAAACUACAAAUCAUGAGGCAGCGGCAGUUGGCAGCUCAGACUUUGAGAGGCAGCCAACUAUCGUCGGACAGCAUGUACAGUCAACCUGGAACUUCGCCUUUCGCCAAUAUACACAUCAAACAGGAAAUUCAAAUACCUCAGGUUUCUUCCUUAACGUCAUCCCCGGACUCAUCCCCUUCCCCAAUAGCCGUAGCCUUGGGCCAAGUCAGCUCCCAAAUGCAACUAUCAAAUACCACCGGCCAACCCGCACUCCAAAUCGUCGGUGUUCCGAGCAACCAAACCCAAAACCCGAACAUCGAUCAGAAACUGUGGGGCGCAGCCAACUCAACAACAACAUCGCCUCACUCGCUCAGUCCGAAAUCGUUCCAAUUUGACACGGUGGUACCGGGCGUGCCUCAGAACAAAGUGUCGCCUCUGAUACGCGAUUUCGUGCAGGCAAUCGACGAUCGGGAGUGGCAGAACUCGUUGUACGGACUGUUGCAGAGUCAGACGUACAAUCAGUGCGAGGUGGACUUGUUCGAACUUAUGUGUAAAGUUUUAGAUCAGAAUUUGUUUUCGCAAGUCGACUGGGCGAGGAAUUCGAUUUUUUUCAAGGAUCUCAAGGUAAUUAUUUUUGCUUUAUUUGUUGGUUUCUGA